CAAGUCAAUGGGAUGUAGUGUAGCUUCUGUGUUGUGUUUUUGUCGACCCGAACAAGCAGAACAGGGCAGACAACCCGUUCUUUCUUUCUGCAAUAUCAAAAUCUAACAAAUUAUUACUACAAUACAGCAGCGCCAUGAUCAGCAUCCUAGCUCAAGAGCGUCUGCUGGGCGCGGCAUUGGGAGCUGCAUUUGCGGGUUUCAUUGUUUAUGAGCAACGAAAGUGCAUCUAUCAAUCUAUUUCACCUGAACAUCCUCAAUCCCAGUUGAGAGAGCCCAUAUUUGGAAAGCAAUUUCGUUCAGAGUUCGAACUUUCUUGGAACAAAGCUGUGGACCAGACAUUUGGACCUCUGGUUGCUUCUCUUAAUUCACCUGAAGAACUCUCACAAGAUGACCCAUCAAGGAUAUAGACCACAUGAUUCCAAAAGGAUGGCAUCAAAAUGAUUUCAGUUGCUCCUUUUCCUUCAGCUUCCUUUGCCCAUUUACUCAUUGCCCACUUUUCUGAUGUAAACAUGUUUCUAAGAUUAUGCUUUUGCUUGUAUACUUGUUGCAAAGUAAGAAAACUUGUUGCAAAUCGAGUUACUCCAUGCUUCACCAACUCUCUCUUCUUUGUAAACUCAAAGAAAGCCAAUAAUAAUAACGACUCUUUUUAAA